AUGUCGGCCAUCACUGCCAAUCCGCACAGUAGCUACACCCCCUCCGACAGGCUUGAAGAUCAAGCGGCUUCGGCGGCUUUAUACGUUGUUCGAGACACCCCCUCCAAGCAGAGUACAUCUUCAAUUCUCGACGAGGACGGUCGGCUGUCCUCCGCAAGUGCCGCUCUCUCCCUGAAAUACGCUCGAGCUCGGGACCUGCCGUCGUUUCCGUCCGCUGGAGGAGUGAAGUUGGCCUCCGCCGGUGCCGCCGCAAGCCUCGCCGCAGAAUCGAACAAGAAGCCAUUCGAACAUUGGAAACCGGGCGCAAUCCCAGCCGCCAGCCACGCUGCAAACAAAGCAAAAGAUUAUGAGAUGGAUCCUAUGUGGAAGCCAGAGCUCAGCCAGGUUGGUUCACAGGCUGCUGCCGCCGCACACAAAGAUGCGGCCCCGGUCGAGAUCUGGAAGGCGCCGGAUACGGAACAUGGUGCAUCUGCGGCCUGGUCGGCCCUCCAGAAUCAGAAAUCUCCUCCGGCGAUAGCCGAAAGACAUGUUUCAACCGAUGGACGACAGAAAGCUCUUUUGGCAGCCACGGCGUCCUUAUCUGCAGGAAGACGACGAGCGGAGUCCGCUCCCAUACGACCGUCACCACAAACACAUCCCGGCACCGGUAUCGGUGGUUCUGCCUGGGCAUUAAAGGCAGCAGAAUCGUCCCACCGAGGACAUAUUUCUAGCUCACCCUCAAGAGCACCGACCGACGGAUCUAAUCUGUCAGGCGCGGACGUAGCUAAAGUGCAAAACAUGGCCAGAAACAAUGUUUCUAGGCAAAUGUAUUCUUCGAAUCCACCAGUUUCGAUUGAGGUGGAAGAGAAGAAGAGGCAAGAGAUGUUACGGGCUUCGGCCGUGGCCAUGGCGCGGAAAAUGUUUGUAAUUCAACAGGAACAGUUUGAUGAAGCCAAGGGAAUUCGUCGUUCGGAAAGCCACUAUGCCGCAUACACUGCCCGAAGGCGUGCUCAAUCGGAUGUGAUGAACAAGACAGCCUCAAAGGAAGAAGUUCCUCCACGAUAUGAAAAUCUGGAAGAGACCGCUCGACGAUUGGCGCAAGACCGACUAGCGAAGUUACAGGACGAGCAUGCCGAAUAUCGCCAAUAUUACGGACAACAAACUCCUCCACAACGAUCACGACUUACAUUAAGGCGCGGUCGUCGAACAUUGAGUCUCCAAGACCACGAUGAAUCAGAUGAGGAACAAUCCCGAAAGAUCCGAACACAAAUGUCAUUCUUCCAGAGCAAAUUGGCAGAGGUUGACAGCAAGAAGCGACAAGCGGAUAGAGACGCUCUUCUGGCCAUCGCUCAUAAGAAUGUCACGGCUCGUAUGAAUGCAAUGGACGAAAAGGUCUUCUCAGAAACCGGAAAGACCAGCCCACAACAACGAGAACUUUGGGAACGUCAGGCCCGAGAACGGGCCCAACGUGAAAGUGACGACAGGUUGAUCAAUGCAGGAAAGGUCCACGUAGGAGGUGGAAAAUAUCUGGAACAAUCCGAAGUCGACGCGAUUGCAAAGGCUCGAUUGCAGCCGACAUUGGAUGAAAUUACAGAAAAAGCUGAACAACAACGCGCAAGAGACGAGGAACUGAAGUUGGAACUGGAAAGACAGAAGGCCGAAGCCGAAGCCGAAAAACAACGGCAAGCCGAGAUCAAAGCCGAACAAAAGGCUGCCGCUGAUCGUGAAAGGGCUGAAGUCAAGGCACAAAGGGCCGAAGAAAAGCGAGCUCUACAAGAUCAGAAACAUGAAGAAAGACGACUUCGGACUGAACAAAGAGCCACCGAGAAAAGGGCACGCGAUGAAGCAAACGCAGCAGAAAAAGAACGUCAGCGAGUGGAGAGAGAGGAGAAGAGACCGUCUGGAGCAGGAAAAUCUCGUUUGCUCCCCAGUUUCUUAUCCAGGGGAGCAAUUGGGGCUGGAGCGGCUACGGCUGCAGUCGUUGAAGGUACGGCCGACGCAGCGGGAGGAGGGGCCAGAGCUGUUGCGGGAGCAGCUCCAGCGCCUGGAACCACCAUGGCUGCGCAAGCCGAUGAACCAGCUGGCGAAACUGCACAUGAUCGAGUUACCUCCGAUCCUCCAGAGGCUGCCCAUGCUCUGGCUGCAGAUGAAGAAGACGAAGCUGCAGGACCAAAGGAAGAGUCGAGACCAAGUCCACCUACAGCAGAGAGAGAUGUGGGACCUGAAGACAAUGUCGCUGCAUCUCCGUAUUCGAGUAUCGCCCAACCACAAGAAGCAGCAUCCCCCACAUCUCCAGUGUCGCCUUCAAAGAGAGAUUCCAAAAUGAAGGCUUGGUUUAAGAAAUUCAGGACGGGAAGCAAGGCUGAGAAUGACCUGGGCGAGAAACCUACAGUGGCAGAAACCGAACCAGAAACUACUGCUGCUCCAGCUACGACCAAACCCAUUGAGCCUGUCGAGGAGGAUAGGCCUACAUCCGAUUCCAUACGGGAUGUUGCCCUGGCCGGUCGAAGUGAUAAUGAAACCGAUGAUAUGUACGGUACAUCACCCAAACCAGCCGGACGAGUUUCUCCCGUCCACGAUGAGCCCCCAUCAACAGAUCCCGUACCAAGUUCAGUAGCUGUUGAACCUGAUCACAGACCUAGGUCGAUCAGUUCUCUGUCUGAUUCUACGGAUCUAAGUGAAGAGCGAUAUGUGAUUGCCGCAGAUGUGGCAUCGUCAAAAUACUCGGCAGAACAUGGGUCAAAACGAGAUUCAGGAGUCGAUCAGGCAGCAGCACUUUCUGAUACCGAUUCUGAACCCCGAGGAAGGAAAGGAUUUCGUGAAAGGUUCUUGAAGAAAGUCAUCCCGGGGAGAGACAAAGACAAACAUAAAUCUGUAGCCGAACCGGCUUCAACCCCAGCUGCGGCACCCAUUGCAAAGGAACCAUCUCAAGCUAUACCAGCAAAACCGAUCGAGACCGAACCGGCAACAACAACGGAAACAUCAAGGAACGAACCCGCGUCAAACCGCGGUCUUGAGGCCCGUUCCGACGCUGAAACCAAGCCCACGAGGGAGAGAGUUCAGGAACCGUCCACCACAUCAACAGAAGCAGGAAACACAACAGCCACAGGAGCAACAACACCAGCGUUGACACACGCCCAAACGAAUGACGAGGAAUUCGAGGAGGCCCGUGACACCUUCGAUGAAGAACGACUUGGUCGUCCACACCAACUAGGGGACGUCUCUGGUGCGAAGAUGGAGACAUCACGCUUGGUGGAAGUGGGAAGCCCCAUAACUAAACGGGGCAGCAGCCCUGUGGGUAGUCGGAAUAGUACCGGUGCAGGAAGGGAGGGCAGCCGAUUCACUGAAGAAUUGUAA